AUGCCGAGACGUCUUUCGUGGGAGGAGAAAGCCGUCGACGUCGACGCCCCCGCUGCCGACGCCCUGCUGGAGACUUUAAAGUCAUUCGACAUUGUGAAGAGCCAGACUAUGGCUUGUACGCUUUGUGCCAGCGACGACCACAAGAUGCGGUAUCGCCUGCUCGCCUGUGCCUCUGUGGUAUGCAUCGAUGCAACUACCGACAACUGCGGCUGGAGAGGGAAGAUCGUCACGUGCCUGGAGACCGGGCACGCGUCGAUCUUCGAGUACGAUACGCAUUCGUCAACCGUUUCGUCACCGAGACGAAAGAAGCUGAGCAGCACUCAGAAGACCUAUUGCCGAGAGCUGGCCGACAACCAUCUCCGUCCGAUGCGGAUACGACACGCUCUGGCUCGUAAAUUCAGCACCUCUCUCGAGGACUUGCCACCACUGAAGACUGUACAAAACUUCGUGAACAACUACGGUCGCAAUUGCUUGGAGAAUCACGACCGCGUCGAUGAUCUGAGGGCGUGGGUACACGAGCGUGCCUAUACCGGCUCGGAGGCCAUGACAGACGCUUUUACGUUCGGUUGGCAGCUAGUAACAUGGGGAGGCCUGUCGUAG